GUUUGUUGUUAAUGACUUCAUUUGGAGGUGCACUGUCCUCCGCUACUCGUUGUCGGCACCUCGCGACUUCAACAACCAGCAAGACAUUCAAGAACACGUCGUGUUUUCAAGGAAUAAAUGAAAUAAUUUUGGGGUGAAAAAUAUCAGGACUUGGAUGAAAAAUGAUGCACCGUACAGCAAUGGGAGAAUAUCGACUUCAUGAAAGCCCUAGUGAUAAAGUCAAGAGCGCUGAUUUAACACAUUUCUCGCGACAAAAUUCUUUGGACUUUAAGAUGCAGACGGAUGCGAGACUCUCAGACAUGGUUCCGUCAGACGAGGACGAUGUAAUAUCAGACAGUGAUUCUCUGCUGAACAGUCCAACUUCUCAACACAAAUUCUCCAACGAUGGAGACCUUAAAGACUGCAAAGACACAAUUCUCUCCUCAGACAGCGGCAAAGAAUCGCCAACGAACGGAGACGACUCCAGUGUUCGCCGAUAUAGAACAGCAUUCACGAGGGAACAAAUUGGAAGACUAGAAAAAGAAUUCUACAAAGAAAAUUAUGUUUCUCGUCCUCGCAGAUGCGAGUUGGCAAAACUUCUCAACCUACCCGAAAAUACCAUCAAGGUUUGGUUCCAAAACAGAAGAAUGAAAGACAAAAGACAGCGCAUGGCCAUGGCUUGGCCCUACGGUAUAGCCGACCCACAUCUGUACGCCUAUCUCGCCGCGGCCGCCGCUUCCUAUCCAUACAGUAUUUCAUCUUCCAACUCUAAUCCCUUUAAUUAUUAUUCCUCUAUCGGACUUCAACGAGCGGGAUCUAACAUUGGACAAUUUCCCGCUCCGGGACCACUGAGGCCCAGGUCCGAGAUCAUUCCAGGAAUGACGGGUGCAGCACUUCUUCGGUCGUCUGCGAUGCCAAUCUCACACUCUUUGCCAACAUCGACACAAUUGAACUGCAGCAUGAUACCCCCUACAGACUCAUUGCUAGGUCACUCACAUUCCAGCAUUCCCUGCUCAAGUCAUAAUGACAAUUGUAACUGUAGUCCAUUGUUUGGCGGACUAUCUAAUUUGCCUACGACACUUCCGUCUGUUCAGGCGCCAAAAGCUCAUUCUAAUACUACGUCACAUGGACUCUUCCGACCUUUUCAAUCAGAAGUUGAAAGGUCAUGACACAAAUCAAAACAAGACUAUUGAAAGUGCUCAGUAUUUAUAGUUAUUUGACACAAAUAACACACAGAUCAUCAUUAUUUUUUUUUACCAAAACUUUGCAAGUGCUCUGUCUGCCGUCAUCAAUAUACUUAAUCGUGAUUGACCGCAGACAUAAAAUGUUACUGUAUAUUUCAAUUCUUGUGUCCUAUAUAUUUGUUGUUUUCAACAGGGUAUACAUGUAAUAAAUUGAAACGAUAA